CCAGUGAGAAAAAUUCCCAUUUAUAGACUCGCCAGCAGCAGCAGCAGCAGCAGGAGAGGAGGAAGAAGAGGGAAAAUUCAAAAUUCAUCCCCCAAUUUUUCGAUUUUCAAGUCCCCGCCCCGUCUCUUCUUUCUUCUUUAAAACUCCUUUCCUUUCACACCCACACCCACACCCAUUUAGCACGACAAAACCAAACGUCAUUAAUAGUCACCAGACUAGACUCACCACUGCUUUACUGCUUACUGUCUCUUCCGUAGAAUACUCCCAUGGCGCACGAUAGUGGUCUCCCCUGCGACGGCGACGGCAUUUGCAUGGUCUGCAAGAAGAAGCCUUCGGACGAUGAAACCCUCGCGUGCAAGACAUGUGCCACUCCCUGGCACGUCAACUGCCUCUCCGUUCGCUUCAAAACCCUAGCUGACGCUGUGCACUGGGAGUGUCCGGACUGCUCCUUCGUCAACGAUGAUCAUCCGCCACCAUCGAUCGCCUCCGCCGGAUCUGAAUCGGCCGCUGACUUGAUUUCGGCGAUUCGUGCCAUUGAGUCGAACCCGUCGCUCACUGAGCAAGAGAAGGCCAAGAGACGCCAAGAGCUCUUGAGCGGAGGCGUGCAAUCGGCCGCUGUUGAAGAAGCCAAUCAUAAGAAGGAGAAUAACGAUGUUCUUGAUCUUCUCGAUGAUAGCUUGAAUUGCUCGUUUUGCAUGCAGCUCCCGGAGAGACCUGUGACGACACCAUGUGGUCACAAUUUUUGCUUGAAGUGCUUCCAGAAAUGGGUUGGGCAGGGGAAACGCACGUGUGCAAAUUGUCGCCAUGCAAUCCCUGCUAAGAUGGCAAGCCAGCCGCGAAUUAACUCAGCCCUUGUCAUUGCCAUCCGAAUGGCAAAGAUGUCAAAAUCUAAUGCUCUGGUCGGGGCACCAAAGGUCUAUCAUUUUGUUCAAAACCAAGACCGACCUGACAAAGCAUAUACCACUGAGCGUGCAAAGAAAGCUGGAAAGGCAAAUGCUUGUAGUGGAAAGAUAUUUGUCACAGUCCCUCCAGAUCAUUUGGGACCAAUUUUGGCUGAGAAUGAUCCAGAAAGAAACCAGGGUGUGUUGGUUGGGGAGACUUGGGAGGAUCGAAUGGAAUGCAGGCAAUGGGGAGCCCAUCUUCCUCAUGUUGCAGGUAUUGCUGGACAGGCAGACUAUGGGUCUCAGUCUGUGGCACUCUCUGGGGGAUAUGAAGAUGAUGAGGACCAUGGUGAGUGGUUCCUCUACACAGGAAGUGGUGGAAGGGACCUUAGUGGGAACAAAAGGACAAACAAAACACAGUCGUUUGAUCAGAAGUUUGAAAAACUUAAUGAGGCCUUACGAGUCAGUUGUCGAAUGGGUUAUCCUGUCCGAGUUGUGAGGUCUCAUAAGGAGAAACGUUCUUCUUAUGCACCAGAAACCGGAGUACGGUAUGAUGGGAUUUACAGGAUUGAAAAAUGUUGGCGCAAAGCUGGAAUUCAAGGAUUUAAGGUUUGCCGAUAUCUUUUUGUCCGAUGUGAUAAUGAUCCCGCCCCAUGGACUAGUGAUGAUCAUGGGGAUCGUCCAAGGACUUUGCCUGUCAUUAAGGAGUUGAAGAAUGUGACUGACAUUACUGAAAGAAAGGGAACCCCUUCCUGGGAUUAUGAUGUGGAAAAAGGUUGCUGGAUGUGGAAAAAACAUCCACCACCAAGUAGAAAACAAAUGGACAGUGAGUAUAAGGGGGAUGGAAAUAGCAGAAGAACAGUUAGACGUCAAACACACAUGUCUGUCAGAGAUAGGCUUUUGAAGGAAUUCAGCUGCCUUCUCUGCGCCAAAGUGAUGACUCUACCACUUACUACUCCCUGUGCUCAUAAUUUCUGCAAGGUCUGUUUGGAGGGUGCCUUUGCUGGUCAAUCUGUCAUAAGACACAGGACAUGUGAAGGCAGGCGGACAUUAAGAGCACAGAAGAAUAUUAUGAAAUGCCCAUCUUGCUCAAAUGACAUAACCGACUUCCUUCAGCAUCCACAGGUCAACAGAGAGUUAAUGAAUGUAAUAGAUUCACUCCAGCGGCAGACUAAAGAGGAGGAAGAUGCAGAGUCUUGUGUAGAUACUGAUGGCACAGGUGAGACAAGUGUACAGCUUGGUGAAGAAACUGAUGGGAAAGAUGAUACACUUGCUGGAGGUAAAGAGAACUGCAAUGUGAAUUCUGAAAUUCCUGAUAUUUUGGAGGAAGAUACUGAAGGCAAAAACGGCAUUAUGGAACCUUCAACUAAUAUCAAACAUCAGCCAAGCUACAAGCGAAAGAAAGUGAGUGUUGGUCACAGCAUAUCACUUGAGAAGCCUGAAUCUGUGAAUGUUGGUAUUGAAGUUAGCCCUGUAAAACCUGAAAGGUCCAACGAUACAGAAUCACAAGCCACUACUCUUGGGGAUGACGUGAAGAAAACAUACGAAAGAACGAGGGCUAGUGAUGGCAUCUGCUCAUCAACUUUGAAUGCCAGAGUGACAACCAGAAGCAAAAGAGCUAAAUCCAUGCCAGAUGACAAGGACUUUGCAUGAGCUUCCUUUUGUUCAGUUUUUGCUUCAGUUCCUUGUCUUUUUAGGCCGCCUCUUGGGUUUUUUUUUUUUUAUGAAAAGUGGGGAGGGGUGUUCCAAGUAUUUGGGUUCACAAGGUCUUUUGGCAGGUUACAUGCUAAUCAGUCUGCUUGUUAUAGUUGAAGAACAUUGAGGGGGCAUUUGGAUGAUUGGAUUUCCUGCUGAAUAUUUAUUAGAAAUUAAUCCAACAUGGUUUUUCUUUUGG